AUGGGCAGCUCAGCCUCUCGUCCCCUCAGUGAACAACAAAAUCCCUCAAUUUCUUCUUCUUCUUCAACCCCUGUUUCAAAAACUCUUUCUUUGCCUACGCCAUUAGUCCACCACCCACCAUUAUGCAAAGGGGAUUCCAAUCACUUUGUUUCCCUCACCUCCACUACGUAUGGUUCGAUUACGCUAAUCGAUUCCCCAAAUAUCAGUUUCACCGAACAAGAUUUUGGGAAAUCUGAGGACUCUUUAUCCCCAGACUCAGUUAUCAACACUUGGGAGCUAAUGGAAGGCCUUGAUGAUGAUGAAUUCAAUUUCCACAUCAUUGACUCCCCCCCAAAACUCAGCAAUACAGAGAUGGAUGCAAGUGAGAUAGUGAAAUCCUAUGAGUUUGUAGAGCACGCGGAGUCUAAGCCGUUGUGGAGGCACUUAUCCGAGGAAUCUUUGCUAGCCAAAAUGGAUUCCAAUGUGGUCUCCAGUUAUCGAAAGGCAUUGUUGGCUAGAAAACGUGGAUGUGACAUGUCGACAGGUAUUUCUAAACCCAAAAAGAUUGAAGCUUUGGAGUCCAACAAUGUCAGUACUUUGGCGUCCAGUUGUACUGACUCGUGUUGUUUAUCGGGUGCUGAUGAUAGAAUUGUAUUGUACUAUACUACUUUAAGGGGGAUUAGGAAGACUUAUGAGGAUUGUUGUGCGGUUCGGGUGAUUUUUAGGGGCUUUAGAGUGUGUCUAGACGAAAGGGAUCUUUCUAUGGACUUGUCUUACAGGAAUGAAUUGAAGGAUGCUUUAAAAGGGAAGGCAAUAAGCUUGCCACAAGUGUUCAUUAGGGGGAAGUACAUAGGUGGUGCAGAGGAAAUUAAGCAGCUUAAUGAUGCAGGAUUGUUGGCUAAGCUUGUGGAGGAUUUUCCACUUACGGAUUUGGGGUUUGUUUGCGAGAGUUGUGGGGAUGCAAGAUUUGUUCCAUGCCCAAAUUGCAACGGAAGUCGGAAGGUUUAUGAAGACGAACAAGGGAAAUUGAUGAGGUGUUUUAAUUGCAACGAGAAUGGUUUGAUUCGGUGCACUGGCUGUUGCCCUUGA